AUGGUUAUAAAACUUGAUAUGUCAAAAGUUUUUGACAGAUUGGAGUGGUCUUUUCUGAUUAAGGUAUUUCGAUACUUUGGUUUUUCGGAUGAUUUCUGUGAUCUCAUAUUUCAAUGUAUUAGUACUACUUCUUUAUCAGUUAUCCUCAAUGGUUCUCCAUGUGAAGAUUUCUCUCUCAUCAGAGGUAUCAUACAAGGAGAUCCUCUCUCUCCUUAUAUUUUUAUCUUAGCAAUUGAAUAUCUCUCAAGGCAACUUACAAAUGCUCAACAGGAUAAGUCUAUCAAAGGCAUUAAAGUGGAUGCUUUAUCUCCAGCCAUUAAUCAUUUGCUAUUUGCAGAUGAUUGCUUGAUCUUUACUCAAGCUAAUCUUUCUUCAGAAAAUAAUUUAUUGGAGUUUCUUCACAAUUUCAGUUCUCAAUCUGGUCAAGUUAUCAACUUUGAGAAAUCUUCAAUUUAUUUCAGUAAGAAAACUAAGCCUUAA